AAUUAUUAUCAAGUAAAAAGAGCAUCCAACUUGUAGAUACAGGUUGAGUCCACUAUGCACACUAAAUGUUAGCUGUCGCCUGCCGUUCAAUUCAAAUCGGUUUCAAAGUGUUCACGGGAUACUUUGGAAACAGAACAACCUUGCAGAAAAACAUUGCCAGUCCUAAGAUUUUUGCAUUUUCCAAAAGUGUUCGUCAAGACUGACUUAGCCAUGGGUUGUAAAAAUGGGACUCUUUACAUCGAUGUCUUCCAUCCCACAUGCCUUGAACGCACCAGCAGCCUUGGGGGCGGGUCCAUGGGCGGUGCCAGGGGCGGAGCAGACGCAGACACUGUCUCCGGUCUCGCGGGAACCAGCAGAAACGCGCCAAAAUAGGAACACAGAACCAGCGCUGUCAGAGCGGCUAAUGGCGGACCACAACACGGCUAUGUUAUCUAAAUAAUUGACUCUUUUGUUUUGCCGUUACGAUAACAUCUACGAAACGGUGGACUUCAUUUCGUGGACUUCAUAACUUGGAAGAGCGAGGAUGGUUUAUCAGAACACCGGACGGUACCGGGCCGACCGUGGACCUGGAGGGGGGGCAGAUCAGGACCACCAGCAGGAUGAUAACUCGGCGGCCAAGCGGCUGGAGCGAAGUCAGUUCACCGACGAGAUGGACGCCCGCUUCGGCUUCGACCGGAUGAAGGAGCCGGGAGAGAAGACAGGCUGGCUGCUCAACAUGCACCCGACUGAGAUCCUGGACGAGGACAAACGACUGGUCGGUGCUGUGGAUUACUACUUCAUCCAGGAGGACGGAAGUCGCUUCAAGGCCGCACUCCCCUUCAAGCCCUACUUCUACAUAGCCACUAAAAAGAACUGUGAGAGGGAGGUAAUCUCCUACCUCUCCAAGAAGUACCAGGGCAGGCUGUCCAAGCUGGAGGUGAUCUCCAAGGAGGACCUGGACCUGCCCAACCACCUGGUGGGCCUGAAGAGGAGCUACGUCAAGCUGUCCUUCAGCACGAUGGACGACCUCACCAGGGUCCGCCGGGAGAUCGCUCCUGCCGUCCGGAAGAACCGGGAGCGGGAGCAGUCCAACGACGCCUACACCACCAUGCUGUCCAGUGCCAUGGCGGGCGGCAGCGUGACGAUGGAGGAGGAGGAUGGGCGCUACAAGAAGAUGUCGGACCAGCUGGACAACGUGGUGGACAUGAGGGAGUACGACGUGCCCUACCACGUCCGGGUGUCCAUCGACCUGAAGAUCCACGUGGCCCACUGGUACAACGUCCGGUACCGCGGCACCGCCUACCCUCCGGAGAUCGUCCGCCGGGACGACCUGGUCGAGCGACCCGACCCGGUCGUUCUGGCCUUCGACAUCGAGACCACCAAGCUGCCUCUGAAGUUCCCGGACGCAGAGACGGACCAGAUCAUGAUGAUCUCCUACAUGAUCGACGGACAGGGCUUCCUCAUCACAAACCGAGAGAUCGUGUCCGAGGACAUCGAGGACUUUGAGUUCACUCCCAAGCCCGAAUACGAAGGCCCCUUCACCGUCUUCAACGAGGCCGAUGAGGCAGCACUCAUUCAGCGGUUCUUCGAUCACGUUCUAGAGACCAAGCCCAACAUCUUUGUCACGUACAACGGGGACUUCUUUGAUUGGCCCUUUGUGGAGACCCGGGCGCUGCAGCACGGCCUCACCAUGUACAAGGAGAUCGGCUUCCAGAAGGACAACCAGGGGGAGUACAAGUCCUCGCAGGCCAUCCACAUGGACAGCUUCAGGUGGGUGAAGAGGGACAGCUACCUGCCGGUCGGCAGCCACAACCUGAAGGCGGCGGCGAAGGCCAAGCUGAGCUACGACCCCGUGGAGCUGGACCCCGAGGAGAUGUGUCGCAUGGCCACCGAGGAGCCACAGACCUUGGCCACCUACUCUGUGUCGGACGCCGUGGCCACGUACUACCUCUACAUGAAGUACGUCCACCCCUUCAUCUUCGCCCUCUGCACCAUCAUCCCCAUGGAGCCCGACGAGGUGCUGAGGAAGGGCUCGGGCACGCUGUGCGAGGCUCUGCUGAUGGUGCAGGCCUUCCACGCCAACAUCGUGUUCCCCAACAAGCAGGAGCAGGUGUUCAACAAGCUGACGGCCGACGGCCACGUGCUGGACUCGGAGACCUACGUGGGCGGGCACGUGGAGGCCCUGGAGUCCGGGGUGUUCCGCAGCGACAUCCCCUGCCGCUUCAAGAUGAACCCGGCGGCGUUCGACUUCCUGUACCAGCGGGUGGAGAUGACCCUGCGCCACGCCAUCGAGGAAGAGGAGAAGAUCCCCAUGGACCAGGUCACCAACUUUGAGGAGCUGUGUGAGGAGAUCAAGGCCAAGCUGGUGUCUCUGAAGGAGGUCCCCAACCGCAUAGAGUGCCCCCUCAUCUACCAUCUGGACGUGGCCGCCAUGUACCCCAACAUCAUCCUCACCAACCGGCUGCAGCCCUACGCCAUGGUGGACGAGGCCAUCUGCGCCGCCUGCGACUUCAACAAGCCGGGAGCCAACUGCCAGAAGAAGAUGUCCUGGCAGUGGAGGGGGGAGAUCAUGCCAGCGAGCCGCAGUGAGUUCCACCGGAUCCAGCAGCAGCUGGAGUCGGAGAAGUUCCCGCCGUUCUUCCCCAACGGGCCGCCCCGCGCCUUCCACUCUCUGAACCGCGAGGACCAGGCCAAGCACGAGAAGAAACGCCUCGCAGACUACUGUAAGAAGGCCUACAAGAAGGUGCACCACACGCGUCUGGAGGAGAAGGUGACCACCAUCUGCCAGCGGGAGAACUCCUUCUACGUGGACACGGUCCGCGCCUUCAGGGACCGGCGCUACGAGUUCAAGGGCCUGCACAAGGUGUGGAAGAAGAAGCUGUCGUCGGCGCUGGACAGCGGGGACGCGGCGGAGGCCAAGCGCUGCAAGAACAUGGAGAUCCUGUACGACUCGCUGCAGCUCGCCCACAAGUGCAUCCUCAACUCCUUCUACGGCUACGUCAUGAGGAAGGGGGCCCGCUGGUACUCCAUGGAGAUGGCGGGCAUCGUGUGUUUCACCGGAGCCAACAUCAUCACCCAGGCCAGGGAGCUCAUCGAGCAGAUUGGACGCCCGCUGGAGCUGGACACAGACGGGAUCUGGUGCGUUCUCCCCAACACCUUCCCGGAGAACUUUGUGGUGAAGACGAGCCUGGAGAAGAAGUCGAAGGUGACCAUCUCGUACCCGGGCGCCAUGCUGAACAUCCUGGUGAAGGAGGGCUUCACCAACGAUCAGUACCAGGAGCUGGUCGACCCCGCCACGCUCACCUACGCCACGCGCGCCGAGAACAGCAUCUUCUUCGAGGUGGACGGGCCGUACCUCGCCAUGAUCCUGCCCGCCUCCAAGGAGGAGGGCAAGAAGCUGAAGAAGAGGUACGCUGUGUUCAACGAGGACGGCUCCCUGGCCGAGCUGAAGGGCUUCGAGGUGAAGAGGAGGGGCGAGCUCCAGCUCAUCAAGAUCUUCCAGUCCUCCGUGUUCGAGUCGUUCCUGAAGGGCACCACCCUGGACGAGGUCUACGCCUCCGUGGCCAAGGUGGCCGACUACUGGCUGGACGUGCUCUACAGCAAGGCGGCCAACAUGCCGGAUGCGGAGCUGUUCGAGCUGAUCUCGGAGAACCGCUCCAUGUCGCGGCGCCUGGAGGACUACGGCGAGCAGAAGUCCACGUCCAUCAGCACGGCCAAGCGGCUGGCCGAGUUCCUGGGCGACCAGAUGGUGAAGGACGCCGGCCUCAGCUGCCGCUACGUCAUCUCCAGGAAGCCCGAGGGGGCCCCCGUCACCGAGAGAGCCAUCCCCAUGGCCAUCUUCCAGGCCGAGCCCAGCGUGAAGAAGCACUUCCUGAGGAAGUGGCUGAAGACCCCCGCCCUGCACGACAUGGACAUCCGCACGAUCCUGGACUGGAACUACUACAUCGAGAGGCUGGGCAGCACCAUCCAGAAGAUCAUCACCAUCCCAGCAGCCCUGCAACAGGUGAAGAACCCGGUCCCCAGGGUCCGCCACCCCGACUGGCUCCACAAGAAGCUCCUGGAGAAGAACGACAUCUACAAGCAGAAGAAGAUCAGCGAGCUGUUCACCAGCGAGGGCAAGAGACAGGUGGCCCACCAGCCCCUCCAGCCCGGCGAGGCAGCAGACCUGGAGGACUUCGGCCGCCCCCCCCGCCCCCUGCAGCCGGCCGUGCUGAUCAGCACCAAGCGGCGCCGCGCCUCCCAGGGGGAGGAGAGCCAGGGGGUGUCCCAGGACCUGGAGCUCACCCAGUCCUGGAGGGAGAUCCUGGGGGCCCCGCCCCCCCAGGGCACCACCCAGGAGGAGCGUCUGGUGUGGCUGCGGUACCACAAGAAGAAGUGGGAGCUGCAGCUGAGGCAGAGGAAGGAGCGGAGGAAGAGGAGGAGGCUGGGGGACGGGGAGGCCCAGCCCGUGGGGGGGGGCGUGAUCCGGGACGCGCCCACCACCGGCCUGGGGGGCUUCCUGCGCCGGACGGCCCGCAGCAUCCUGGACAUGCCGUGGCAGAUCGUGCAGAUAGCGGAGACGGCCCAGCCAGGCCUGUACCGUCUGUGGGCCGUGAUGGGCAACGACCUCCACUGCAUGAAGCUGCACAUCCCCCGCGUCUUCUAUGUCAACCAGAAGGUCCCCAAGCAGGAGGACGGGGCCAACUACCGCAAGGUGAACAGGAUGUUGCCGCGCUCCAACAUCGUGUACUUCCUGUACGAGUACUCCGUGCCGGAGGACAUGUACCAGGAGCACAUCAACGAGAUCAACGCAGACCUCGCCGCGCCCGACAUCGAGGGGGUCUACGAGACACAGGUGCCCCUCCUGUUCCGUGCCCUGGUGCAGCUGGGCUGUGUCUGUAUGGUCAACAAGCAGGCGCUGCGGACGCUGGCCGGCCGCGAGGCCGACACCUUCGAGCUGGAGAACCUGGAGAUGAGGUCGCUGGCCCAGUUCAGCUACCUGGAGCCCGGGAGCAUCCGCCACAUCUACCUGUACCACCACAGCCAGGGACACAAGGCCCUGUUCGGAGUGUUCAUCCCCUCGCAGCGCAAGGCCAGCAUCUUCAUCCUGGACACGGUACCCGUC